AUGUCAUCUAAAGUCAUUUCACUAUUUUCAGAUGGUAAUUCAUACCUAUAUUACCAUGAUCAAUUAGAUAGAUUAAUUAUAGUGAAUAGUGAAGGAGUAACAAAAUUGGUGAAUUUAAAUGAUUUAAAUUCCCAGGCAGUUUCAAUAGAUACAUUGGAAAAUAUAACAGCAAUAGCUGUAAAUAAAUCUAACCUAGCAGUAACUACUUUGGAUGGUAAAUUAGAACUUAUAGAUUUAGUUGAAGAAAAGUCAAAUGGGGUAAUUUAUAGAACAGAAUUAUCUUUAAGAGAUUUAAAAUUCAUUAAUCUGGGUAAUAGAAUAUUAUGUGGUGGAGAUGAUAAUAAGCUUUUUGUGAUAGAUGUUAAGAAUGAGGAUAGAACUACAAGUAUUAUUGAUAUACCAGAUCAAUUAUUAAAUAUUGCAUAUGAUCAAGCGGGUGAAUUAUCAAGUAUAAGUUUAUCAGAUGGAUCAGUACAAGUAUACUCGGUGUUUGGUGAACAAUUAAACCUUAUACAUACAUUUAAUAAUGUCUUGGAACCUAAGAUCAAUACUUCAACGACUAAAUUUGAUUACGAAGAGGAUAAAGAUGAGUUAUAUACUUCAAAAACUCAAUGGAGUAAAGAUGGAAAAUAUAUACUUUUACCAUCAAUAAAUAAUGAAGUUGAAGUUUAUGAGAGAGAAAAGAAUUGGGCCCUAGUCAAAUCAUUCAAGGCUGACUCAAAAAUUAUAGAUUUUGAUCUAAAAGAUGGUAGAUUAGCUAUAUUGACUAUGGAAAAAUAUGAAAUUUUUAAUUUUGAAAGUAAGGCUUUAAUUCAUCAGGAUAACUUUGAAUUAAAAGAUGGAGCAUUUCCAUUAAAUAUAGAAUGGGAAAAUAAAUCAAGUUUUCUUAUAGGAACCACGCAUGCUGAUGUUUUAAGAUUUAGAGAUGUGGUCAAAAGUGAUGGAGCCUUGUCAGCGGCUAGUUUAUUCAUCGAUGAAUUUGCAAGUGAAGAUGAUGAAGAGGUAAGCGAUAAAGAGGAAGCGGUUGGUCGUGAAAAUUUAAAUGAGGAGCCAUUGGGUAACAAACGUGUAUUUAUCGAUGAGGAUGACGAUGGAUACAACUCGAUUUUAGAUGAUGAUGAUGAUAUUAAUGAACCACCUAAUAAAUACUCGAAUGGUAAUCUUAAUGGACAUUCCAAUGGAUAUUCGAAUGGUCAUCAUAAAAGACAUAAAUCAAAUACUCCCCAACCAUCUUUCGUCACCACACCGACUUCAACCAAAAUAAUACCGUAUUCGCCAGGUUCUACACCAUUUGUUAAUUUAGGUGAAACAACAGAUAGAAGAUAUUUGACAAUGAAUAAUAUUGGAUAUGCAUGGAUUGUAAUAAAUAAAGAAAAAUCAACAAGUAAUUCCAUCACUGUUUCAUUUUUUGAUAGAUCAAUAAAUAAUGAAUAUCAUUUUACAGAUUAUCAAAAUUUUGAUUUGGCUUCAUUGAAUCAUAGAUCUAUAAUAUUAUCUGAAAGUUCAAAAGGUUUAAUUUUUUAUAAAUCUCAUAAUAAUUUAAAUGAUAGUGGAUUGGAUUCAUGGGAAAAGAAAAUACCUUUAUUGAAAGAUGAAUAUAUAACGAGUAUUGUCAUAAGUAAUUCAAAAUCUAAUAAUAAUACCAUUGUUGUUGGAACAAACUUUGGGUAUUUGAGAUUUUUCAAUCAAUUUGGAUUAUGUCUAAAUGUCAUUAAAACUAGUCCAAUUGUUACCUUAGCAGCGUCUUCAAAUAAUAUAAUAUUCACUAUAAAUCAACUAACGAAUAAUGUUUAUUCGUACUCAAUAAUUGACAUAAUGCAAGAUUACAAAUAUAUACAACAUAAUUCGAUAGUACCGUUGAAAGAAUCAACAAAUGGAUCAACAUUAAAUUUAAUCAAAGGUAUAUUUUUCAAUGAAUUUGGUGAUCCUUGUAUAGUAUCUGGACAUGACGAUACUUUACUAAUUUUACAAUCUUGGAGAGAAACUGGAAAUGCUAAAUGGAUACCUAUUUUAAAUUGUGUUGAAAAAAUUACAGAAUAUGGAACAAAUGAAAAUAAGAAAAACUGGUCAUGUUGGCCAUUAGGAUUAAUGAAUGACAAUCUUAAUUGUUUAAUAUUGAAAAACAGUAAUAAAUUCCCUGGUUUCCCAUUACCAUUACCUAUUGAAAUUGAAAUUGAAAUUCCUACAAAAUUAAAUGGUAAAGAUGCAAAAGAAGAUCAAGAAAUAGAACAAAAUGAAGAAGAAUUAUUUGUAAGAUCAUUAACUAUGGGUAAAAUGUUGAAUGAUACAUUACAAAAUUUUGAAGAAGAAGAACCACAAGAUCAAGAAUCUGAAGAAAUUUUAUCAAAACUUCAAAAUUAUAGUAUGAUUUUUGAUAAAUCAUUACUUAAAUUAUUUGGAGAAAGUUGUAAAAAUUCAAAUUUAAACAAGGCAUUUAGUAUUGUUAAAUUAAUUAAAACUGAUAAAGCACUUGCUGCAGCUUUAAAAAUUAGUGAAAGAAUGGAAUUUUUAAAUUUAGCUUCUAAAAUUGGUCAAUUAAGGGAACAAUUAUUGAUUGAUUUGAAUGAUGAUAGUGACUAG